ACUAUUUUGUUAUUAUCUAAGCAAACUUGUACUUUAGAACUUUAAUAAUGAUCUAGUGUUGAUACUAAAAAAAGAAUGUCUAAGAAUCUAUGAUUUAUAAUGUAAAUAAUAAAGAUUUACUAGUUGGUUACUUUUACUUUACUUUUUUUCUUUACUGUCUAUAUUUGUUUAAAAAAAGUUUUGGUCAUUUUUUUUGCCAUGAUUUCUAAAACGGAGGAAAUCGAUACUUCCUUAAACAAACACACCUACUCCUGCUGAUACGUAAACAUUAGUUACAUCAUUCACCCUUGGCCUCAUAAAAAGUGCAGCUCUGUUCUGUAAUCUCUCAGCACAAAGAGCACAGUCACACCCUUACAGGAAGGAAGUGUAUUUAUAUAAAGCAGAAAUCACUCACUCUGCUGCCUGAGUUAAGUUACUCUGCACCUUGGCUCAAAGUCAGGAACAAUGUGUGGCCUUUGCCUGCUUCUUUGUUUCGUUGUGGUUUUCUAUAUUUUUCAUCAUUUUGUGGUGAAAGGAAAGAAAUGCACGAGUAAAGUAAAGCUACAUGGGAAAACAGUGAUUGUAACUGGCAGCAACACCGGCAUCGGGAAGACCACAGCCAUAGAUCUGGCUCAGAGAGGAGCCAGGGUUAUUCUGGCCUGUCGCAGUAAGCAGAGAGGAGAGGCUGCUCUCCAGGAGGUCAGAAGGGAGAGUGGCAGUAACCAGGUGGUCUUCAUGCAGCUGGAUCUGGGGAGCCUUAAAUCUGUUCGCAGUUUUGCAGAAACCUUCCUGAAGUCUGAACCCAGACUGGACAUCCUGAUCAACAACGCAGGCGUCUACAUGCAGGGUCGAACAGAAGAUGGGUUUGGACUCAUGUUUGGUGUCAACCAUCUUGGUCACUUCCUGUUAACCAACCUGUUGUUGGAUCGACUGAAGGAGUGUGGACCCAGCAGGAUUGUAAAUGUGUCCUCUUUGGCACACAACUUUGGAAAAAUUGACUUUGACUGCCUGAACUCCCACAAAACUCUCAGGAUAGGGACAUCUAACACGGAAGCCUUCAAGAUCUACUCUGAUAGUAAGCUGUGCAACGUUCUGUUCACCCAUGAGCUGGCCAAGAGGCUGCAGGGAACCAGUGUUACCUGCUACUCCCUCCACCCAG